AUGGCAGUGAAGAGAUACUGGACUAGGGAAGGCUUCAUCUACAUCCCUGAGCUCAAGAUGAACAGACAGAAUUGGAAAGAGUAUUGUGCAAAGAUACUCAAGGUCACACAAAUCCAAAAUGUGGAGCAAGUAUUGGUUGGCACAAAGCCAAAACCAAGGCCAGGUAGCAAUGAACUAGAAGAAUGGCUGAAGUGUAGUAGAACUGCGGACUCUAUUCUGAUGUGGAACAUGCCUGAUUCCAUCUUUUCGUGCAUCAAACACUAUGAGACAGCCCAUGAAAUGUUCAACUACCUAGCGACUACCUAUGGCAACCCAAAUCCUACCUCCAUUCCUGUAAAAUGUGUCAGCGUACCAGCUGGACAGUCAAGCACUGGCAAGGACGAACCAAAGGGAACAAAUGACAAGACACUUGUACCACAUGCAAAGCCUGAUGAACUGUCAAGUGAGCCGCCUAAGGAGGUGAUGCUUGAGGGGAACAGUUGUGAUGAGGUGAGAAGCAGUGAUGAAGUAAAAGCUGAGGCUACAGUCAAGGUGGUCCAGCAAGUCAUGUCACAGGGUGGAGAGGUUGAACCGAAGACUUCGAAGUCCACCAAAGAUGUGCUUUGUCAGUGUGCAUCUCCAGUCAAGUUCAAAAGGGCGAAAUCAGUUGAAGUCAAGGGUGAGACAUCUGGGAUGGUUAGUGAAAAUGAAGCCACAAAGAGAGGUCUGGGUGAGGAAGCCACAGACAAGACCAAUGGCCAGGAUAUCACAGCCAAGGAGAUGGCCAGCCAGGAUUGUCAAGGCAAAAGCACCACCAAGCAAUGGAGCAUCCAGCCACCCCCAAACUCAGAGGUGGAGCUUGAGGGGGAGAGGGAUAGCAGUUGUGCAAGCAGCACCAUGGAUCAACCAAAUGGUGGCACAGGUGUGCCACAACACUAUGUAGACGACCCCAGUGGCAACACGAAGGACACAGGUGGCAGCACAGAUGUGCUGCAACACCACAUAGAUGACCCUGGUCACUGUGCACACGAGCGAAGGGCAUGCACAAGUGCCCAAGACCUGCCAAUCAGUCUCCAGACUCCAGCCAAACACCCAAGGGAGGGAGUUGACACUACAGCUGCUAAACAGUGUGCAGCAGAGGAGACAAGCUGCAAGGAGUCAGAUGGUCACCAACUGAGCAGGGAUGAGUACCACUUGAAGGGGAGUGUGGUGGUAAUGCAAGCAGCUAUGCAAAUGGCCAAAACACCAGUGGAAAGGAUCUUCAAGAUCACACAAACAAUGUCAAGGGUCAGCAGCAGAACAGUCAAGAAUGGGAAAGACACACCAAAAGUGGGAGCACAGCCAGUCAAGGCUGAAAAUGACCAGGACAGCAGUAGCAGUUGCAACACUGGCUCAUAUGGAGUUGAGGACAUGUCACCACCCAUGGCUGUGUCUCAGUACACCUAUGGAGACACCCUCAACAGGCCAGAGCUGCACAGCAGUGCACCUGGAGGCACAGGACUGUGUGCCAAGCAGGGUUGCACAUUGGCAAUAACAAAUGAGACCUGUAGGUGUCAGUACACACCAGAGGAGCACCCAAAGGAAGGAAUUGGCACUAUGGCUGUUGAACAGCAUGCAGUGGGGUCCAGUGAGGUGCAAGAGGUCAAGAUGCUGCAAAACGAGUGCAACUGUGCACCAGCAAUACCACAAGAAUCCUAUCAAGGUUGGCACACACUCAAGAGCUUACCUGAUGACAAAGCUAGGGAGCCAGAAGUGCAUGGAGGCACUGAAACUUCCCAGUCAGUCAGUGGAGAUGUCAAAUGGAGUGCAAUGAGGCCAGAGACAGGGCCUACCAGUGCUAAGACAGCCAAGACAUGGGCAUAUCUGCUGCAUGUCAAAUCACAGCCAAAGGAGGCCAUUGAUGAAGGGAACUUGGACAAUGAGAGCAGCAGGGACAGCACAACAAGCAACAAUGCCAUUGACACACUUGGAGUCAAGACGAGGAUGCUAGCUGGGAGCAGCAUUCAGUACUGCAAUGGAGACUGGUCACAGAGACCUCCAGUACCGAAACAUCAAUGUGGAUGCAUCAAGUUCAAGGUUCCAGGGCAAGCAUCCACUUUUGAAGGCAUCAAAAGGCUGUUUGAGGUGUUAGGAACAAUCAUGCCAAUUGUGGCAAGCAUAGAGAGCAAGACACUCAACAAAGGCCAAGGCAUCAACACAGAUGCAUCAAAAUGGUACCUAGAGAGUAUAUAUUCGAAAGGACCACAUGAAGAUAGCAGCGGCGAUGGUACCUGUAACCAAUGGAAUCGAUGCAAGAAGACCAAACAUGAUAGCGCUGAGCGACGCUUGGCCAAGACGCUGCAACGACCACUCCAAGGGCUGACACAGGCGAGUGGGUACCACUGUCAUGGCUGCGCCUUCCAGAGGUUCAGCGAGUCAAAGCCGAGACGGGGGGAAGAUGAAGAGGGGCCAGGCACUGCCAUAAGACAUGGAGGAGACACCAUAGGGGGACUGUGGGUACUGGAGAUAGGCCUCGAGGUUGAGGGUGUCAUAGGCGAAGGGGGCAUCGAUGAAGUUGGGUUGGAAACAGGCACAAUGAGUGCACCUAAAAUCUUGUCACAAUCACUGAAGAGAUCUGGAGGUAGGGGGAAGCAGACGGGCUCGGGAGCCACAUGA